AUGAAUUACUUAAACAUAAUCCAAAACUUGACUUUAAGUUACAACUUACAACACUUGAAAAGUUCUCAAAAAUGGAACCCUGAAGACGAUGAUGUUCUUAGUGAUAUGAACAUAACAUUCAUCACACAAAAUAGCCAUGAAGAAAAUGCUAUAGCAUAUGUUGCUGGGUGGAGUGUUUCAAAAUUGAAUCACACCGAAUGUCUUCAAAAGCUUGCAACAAAAGAACCAGAGGUUAAUUUGGUAUACAGUGAAACCUGA